AUGUCCUGCCUAUGUCCACCUACCUCUGCUGACACUCCCUCCACCGCAUCAUCACUCACCCCCUCUACUCCGUCUCACGACGAUUCACCCGAAAGGCAGAACCUUUUCAUACCCACCUCCUUCAUACCUAGCUCUAUCCCGUCUCCGCGAAAGCGACUAAGCACUCUCCUGCCAUCCAUACCCGACCCCACUAUUCAUACCGCAUCUUCCUCGACAGCACCAUUUACUACCGCCCUUCCUCCAGUCGUACAACCCGCUCGUUUUACUCAACCUGCUCAAACCAUCAUACCCGCCAUCAUGUCUUCCGCACCAUUCAAGAUGCCUCUUAGAGGAACCGACGCUGCGCCAAAGUUCAAUGGCACACCAACACGCCUCAUACCAUUUUGUGAGGAUGUGGAGUUACUUGCUGACUAUGCAGGACUUACUGCUGAACAGUGCAUCAAGGCUGCGAUCCAAUACGCGCCCGUUGACAAAUCGGAAACAUGGGCAUCAAGACCCACUGCGAAAGGUAAAGAUUGGGACAAGUUUGUUGAUGCCAUCAAGGCUAUGUACCCAGGAUGUGAAGGCAAUCAUCGCUAUGCAUGCACUGAUUUGGAAAACCUUUGCAGAGAACAAGUCCGCAAACCGAUUCACUCGAAGAAAGAACUUGGACAGUUCUACUGCAAGUUCUUUCACGUUUCACAAUACCUCCUUGACAAGAGUAGGAUAGCAGAACUCGAGCUCGGUCGCUACUUUUAG